CUUGUACCAUGUGACCUCUGUGAUCACUCACAGAUUUCACACGUAGUAAGCAAUGAUGUCAAAAGUGACAUCUUGCUUACUACUCUGCAUGUGAUCACUGAUUGGCCAAUCAGUGAUUACAUGAUCGGGACCUCGCACAGAGGUCCCGUACGACGAUCGGUGUUCCACUGUGUACUGAGGACACAGUGGGCACCAGAUCGCGUGGGCAGGGAGGCCGUUUAUAAACAGCCACCCGACCCUGCACUGCCACCAUCCAGCCGUUUAUAUACAACGGCCGGACAGGAGGUGGUUAAGGUG